UUAAAGUCGACUUUUUAGUAUAAUUUUUAAUUUUUAAAUUCGUUUACCGUACCCGCCUUUUUUGUGAGUUAGUGGUGUUAUUUUUUUAAAGUUUUUCCAAGUGAAUAACAAUUGUUUUUAACGAUGCCUGAAAGAUUUAAAGUUUCUCGUGCAGAAGAACCCAAUAAUUACAAUAGUUUUAGUGAUAACGAUGAGGCCAAUAAUUAUAGCAGCUUUACUGAAACCACAGAAGACCAGAGAGUGAAAGAAAAACUUUUGCCCGAAAAUAUUGUGGAAACAAACAGAGGACACGAUGAACCAUUCGACUUGUACUACGACACUGAAGAUGAACACGAAAGACCGAGAAUUACUACCUUUGUUCAAUCGCUAGCAAACUACUCCAAUACUAUACCUCCACCGAACACCGAUCCGGAUGCUCCACCUCAACCGCCUAGCAAGGGUGCCCAAAUGGGUACCCUUAUGGGCGUUUAUCUACCAUGUAUCCAAAAUAUUUUUGGUGUUAUUCUGUUUAUCCGUCUAACUUGGGUUGUAGGAACUGCUGGCGCAAUAUGGGGUUUUUUGAUUGUGCUCACAUGCUGCUGUGUGACUAUGUUAACUGCAAUUUCAAUGUCCGCAAUCGCCACGAACGGAGUGGUACCGGCCGGAGGGAGUUAUUUCAUGAUAUCGCGAUCAAUAGGACCGGAAUUCGGGGGAGCAGUCGGUAUGUUAUUUUAUACCGGUACGACUCUGGCCGCUGCUAUGUAUAUAGUUGGCGCGGUUGAAAUUGUUUUGGUUUACAUGGCGCCGAGUGCUACGUUAUUCGGCGAAAUAACAAAUGAAGAGAUAAAAUUUAACAACUUUCGAAUUUAUGGAACGUGUCUUUUGCUUGUAAUGGGCACGAUAGUUUUUGUUGGAGUGAAAUUUGUUAAUAAGUUUGCUGCGGUGGCACUGGCCUGUGUACUUUUAUCUAUCGUCGCUGUUUAUGUUGGCAUAUUCAUGAAUUUUCAUGGAAGCGAAGCAUUAUAUAUGUGCAAACUAGGAAAUCGAGUAUUGAGUCUGGAUUCAGUGGAAUAUUGUACAAAAAACAAUACUCUACCACUCUAUAAACAAUUUUGUCCAAAUAAUACAUGUGACAGUUAUUGGUCCAGUCACGACCUCACCUUAGAUAAGGGCAUAAAAGGACUUGCAUCUGGGGUCUUUUUUGAAAACAUUCAUCAUAGUUUCUUGGAACAAGGACAAUUUUUAGCAAAAGGAAACUUACCAGAAGAUGUUGAAAAUUUAGCAUCCCAAAAUUAUGCCCAAAUAGUGAAUGACAUUACAACAAGUUUCACAAUCUUAAUAGGUAUUUUCUUCCCGUCUGUAACUGGUAUUAUGGCAGGAUCAAAUAGAUCUGGGGAUCUCAAAGAUGCGCAAAAAUCCAUACCUAUUGGUACUAUAUGCGCUAUUUUGACUACCUCCACUGUAUAUUUGUCCUCAGUACUCUUAUUUGCUGGUACUGUUGAUAAUUUACUUUUGAGAGAUAAAUUUGGAAGUUCUAUAGGAGGCAGAUUAGUUGUAGCAAACAUCGCUUGGCCCAACCAAUGGGUCAUACUUAUUGGCUCUUUCUUAUCCACUCUAGGUGCUGGUCUACAGUCCCUCACCGGUGCACCUAGAUUAUUACAGGCUAUUGCUAAAGACGAGAUUAUUCCUUUCCUAGCACCAUUUUCCGUAUCUUCCUCCCGUGGCGAACCAACUAGAGCAUUGAUACUGACCUUACUUAUUUGUGAAUGCGGAAUUUUAUUAGGCAACGUUGAUAUUCUUGCUCCUUUACUAUCGAUGUUCUUCUUGAUGUGCUACGGUUUCGUCAAUCUUGCCUGUGCAUUACAAACCUUACUUAGAACUCCAAAUUGGAGGCCACGUUUCAAAUUCUACCAUUGGAUACUUUCCUUUUUUGGAAUGUCUUUGUGUAUUGCGGUUAUGUUCAUGACCUCAUGGUAUUUGGCACUACUUGCGAUGGGUAUGGCAGGAGUGAUUUAUAAAUACAUCGAGUAUAGAGGGGCAGAAAAAGAAUGGGGUGAUGGAAUACGAGGUCUGGCACUUUCGGCAGCAAGAUUUUCAUUGCUCCGUCUCGAAGAAGGACCGCCGCAUACUAAAAAUUGGCGCCCCCAAAUUUUGCUUCUAGCUAAAUUGAAUUCUGAUUUGGAAUUGGAACAUAGAAAAUACAUUUCUCUGGUUUCGCAGCUGAAGGCUGGCAAAGGUUUAACCAUUUGCGCUUCAGUUAUUGGCGGAGACUACACUGAAAAAGCUGUGGAAGCAACUAAAGCUAAAAAUACUUUAAAAAGUAUCAUGGAAAAGGAACGUGUAAAAGGAUUUGCGGAAAUACUUGUUGCUAAGGAAGUAUCAGAGGGAUUGUGUAAUUUGGUCCAAACAUCAGGCUUGGGUGGUUUAAAACCAAACACAGUUAUUUUAAGUUGGCCUUAUGGUUGGAGAGAAGACGCAGAUGAAGAACAAGCUUUUGAACGUACUGUUCGUACCUUGACAGCCGCCAAAAUGGCUCUACUUAUUCCCAGAGGUAUUGACUUUUACCCUGACAAUACUCAGAAAGUCAACGGUAACAUUGACAUUUGGUGGAUUGUGCAUGAUGGAGGCUUGUUGAUGUUGAUUCCGUUCCUAUUGAAACAGCACCGUACAUGGAAGAACUGCAAACUUCGCAUUUUCACUGUGGCACAGUUCAAUGACAAUUCGAUUCAAAUGAAAAAAGACUUGAAAAAGUUUUUAUAUCAGUUGAGAAUUGAAGCUGAUGUGGAGGUUGUUGAAAUGUCUGAUAAGGAUAUAUCAGCGUAUGCUUAUGAAAGAACAUUGGUAAUGGAACAGCGUACACAAAUGUUAAGAGAACUUCAACUGAACAAAAAGGAGAGUAUGGGAAUGAAGCUUGCAUAUGGUGGAUUAGAAGAGAACCUGCCUCUGGUGCAAUCUGUAGUAGAUCAACAUCAUGCAGUUGAAAAAACACCCUCAAAAGUACGAUUUCAGGAUGCUUCUAAACCCAAUGAUAACCCGGAUAAUAAAACUGAAAACUCUUUAGAAGCUACUAAUGAACCGACAAAUGAGCCAAAUCUACUCAAAGAAGAUUGUGAAAACAACACCAAGGAAAAAGAAGAUGGAGUGUCGGAGAAAGAGUGUCUGAAAGAACACAAUAAUUUAAAAGAAGACGAUUGUUUUUCCUUGGAAGCUGACACGCUUCGGCGAUUACACACCGCGAUGAGGCUCAAUGAAACGAUCCGGACUAUGUCAAAAGAUUCCCAGCUUGUCAUUUUAAAUUUGCCCAGUCCGCCAAAAACUCCCGUACCAGGGAAACAAACCUAUUAUUUGGACUUUUUGGAAGUACUUUCGGAAGGAAUGGAAAAAGUUCUAAUGGUGAGAGGUGGAGGACAAGAGGUGAUCACCAUUUACUCAUAAUCUUCAAAUCACCAAUUUUAUCGGUGAUGAUAGCCAAAAUGGUAUUAUUAUUAAAAUUAUAUUAAUCAAAGAGAACAUUAAAUUUAAAGCUAAAACUAAGCCCUAAGGCAUUAAUUAAUGGGUUCUCAGUGAUAAGUUAAAUGCAGUAUUUUAUUCUAGGAAAAUUAAUAGAAAAGCUUGGUUUCUCAAUAUCGAAAUGUCCGCUUAACAAAAGAUAAUAACAAUAGGCAUCGAAAAAAUUGCAUUUCAACGGUCUAAAAAUAUUCGGAAUAUGCAUUAUAAUCUAGAUAAUCGAGGCGAUGCUUUUCGAAAUAAAUUGCCUAGUUAAUUACUAUUUUACUUUUUAACUUUACUUUUAAGUUUGACUUUUUUACGUAUCUAUGUAAAUGUUUGAUCUGAGAACCCAAUAGUAUUUUUCAAAUUAUAGUAGAUAUAAAAUAGGGAUUCACUUGAAAAAAAAAUAGUGAUGUCUGUACUUAACUAAAGAAAUUUAUUCCUCUAUAUUUCGAAAUUCGACCGUCGCCAUGGAUCGGAUUUCGUCGUGAUCAUCUGUUAUUCCCAUUAACUGUUUUUAAUCAAAAUGACAAUGUUCCAUGAAGUGCUCAUUUUUCUACGUCAAGUAUACCGGUAUAGCGAUUAGUGAGUUUAUCGGUACAAUUUCUUUGCUCAUAUUCCAAUUAGAAAUUAGUUGGAAGUUUCGAACUAUAGACAAUGUCAUCAUUUUAUUUCUUCAGAUUGAAGCACAUUUUCUUAUGGGAUGUAGAAUAUCAUAGAACUCUUUUAUAUUACAAAAAAAACAAAACUACGUUCUACUGUCUAGUUAAUUAAGAUAUUGAUACUUUAUGACGUUUCAACCCAUUAACGCCUUUACAUUUCAAUAUAGGUCUAUUAUGUGACCAGAAAUGAUCUCACCUCCAACAUAUAUUUUAAAUAAUAAAGAAUAUUUUAUACAAAUGUAAUCAUAAAGUGUCAAUUCUGAUAUAAAAAGUAAAUUAAUUUCGACAAAAAAAAAGUCAAAGGCGAAACUUAUAGCCAAAUAACUUUUCGUAUUUAGAAGAAUAUAAUAUAUUAUUAGCACGUAUAGAUGAAAAAUGUCUUGAAAAAUGUAAUACACACAAAGAUAUCUUGUUAAUUUCUAGAUGGUUCUGUACUAUUUAUUUGAUAUUUUAUUUUUUUACAUGAACUCUCCCGCCAACUUCUUUCUUCUCUCAAUUUAUCAAAGGAGACUUAAUCAGGAAGUUUAAUUUCAACAAUACGUAUCCUUAUCAAGGACCAAUUUCUUCAUUAUUAGUUAAAGUGUGUUUUUUGUUUGAUCUUCCAUUGAACUAGAAAUUUGUUUUUGACAUUUCAAUCAUCGUGUCUAAUAUUGAAAAUUUACCUACCUAUCUAUAAUAAAAAACAAAAAUUUGAAUGGAUAUAUCAAAUAAAUAGAAAACCAUUUUUCUCAACUGAUAUUCACUGGUCAAAUAUCUACAUUUGCCAUAAUAGGAUUUAUUUUUAUUCAAUAAACAUUAACUUGCAUGCUUAAAAUUUGUAAAAGUACUAAUACACCAUUUAAUUUAAGAUUUAGAUGUAAAACUUAAAAUAACCUCGUGAAAAAAGCAAAUGUACUUAAAUUAUAAAGAUUCGUAAGGAAAAAUUUGAGCAAUAUUAAAUUUAUAAUAAUAAUCAAGUAUUUAUCAAAUUGUAAGUGAUAGAUUUAUCGAGAUACUAAAAAAUAAAUCGUACAAUCUUAUGGAGUUAGGUAAACUUUUCCCUGUCCUACCAAUUUAGAUUUAUGCAGGGUGUCUCCAAGAAAUCUAAAAACUAAUACUUCCUAUUCGACUCUAUUUUUAUAAAGUAAUUUAUAACCUCAAAAUUUGGAAUUAUUUUUGGAAAAAUGUCAUAUUUUCAAUAUCAAAUGGAAACUUUAUUUAAGUAUAUACUUACUUCUGAAAGAGAAUCUCGAAAAGACUAUGUUUAUAUAAAAAUUGGUACUCCAGUCAGCUAAUAAAGUACCUGAUGUCCCUAAUCAAAAAUUUCACUGGCGUCUGAAACAAAAACCUUUAAAUAUAAUUCUUUCAAAUUAUCUACAGCUGAUACAGCAACCAUUGAGGUAAUAUGUCAAUCAAAAGAUUACAUAAUUAGUUUGAACAGUUUUUUUUUUUAUGGAUCAACGAAUUUUUGAUUAGGGAUAUUACUUUAUUUGCUGACUGUACAUACCUACAUCAUACAGAUUUUUGAUCACCAUAUUUAGUCUCUCGUACAGUGUUAGCAUAUUUUUGCCUCACGCUGUAUAUUAUUUCUUUACGCAGACAACAGAUAAUACAGGGUAUCCAUAAUACCAUGUCGCACUAUUUGACUAUUGGCAUCACAAAAAUGGUAAGAGAUACAUGUUUGGUUUAAUUAGAAAAAGGUUGAAUUUUUUAAUGAUUACCCCAGUGUUGCCAAAUAAGUUUUAGUUCUCGAGUUGGAGAAAACCUUAAAAUUGCCCAAAACAUAUUUUUUCUCCGAAUGACAUUGAAAGCGGCUUCUUAAUGACACUUGACAGGCUUGAAAGUUAUUUUUUCACUGCCUAGUCAGAAAAAGGAAACUUUUCCUGCCUAGGCUGGUUUCCUACUCCAGUCACAAUGAAAUUAAAUAUUCAAGAUACCAGAGUCCAAAUUUUUUUUAUUAGUUAGGUACCGUCAUUUGGGGUGAAGUCGGACUGUGGGGGUGAACUCGGACAGACAGGUAUUGGCCGGCGUUUUUUACGAUAUCGGGUAUCGAGACACCCAAAAAAUCCACCGACCAACAUAUUCCGCUUAGUUUAGCUCGAGUGUAGUUGAGAGUGGUGCAUUUUUGCUGGAAAAAUUCGCCGUAGAGCACGUGGUCAGAAUUUUAUAAAUUUUAUUGUUUUCUUAGAAUUUGAAAACCAAAAAAGAAACUGUUGGGCACUAGGGAAUAUUGAAACUAUGUACUUCAAAUGAGCUAUUAUUUGUUAUGUGCUCUAUCAUUAGUAAACCCAUGGCAAUUUGGUGAAAAAAUAUUUAUUUUUUUUUCUUAAAUAAUGGCGUUUUAGUGAAAAAAGUCAUUUUAUAGGGGAAGGCGGACACUAUGGUUAGGUGCUAUAAGAAGAAAAUCGGCAUUAAUUUCAAAAAUUACAAUGAAGAAAACGUCGCUAGAGCACUCGAAGAUAUUAGAGGAGGCAGAAAAAGUAUAGACAAGCUGCUGAGUAUUAUGGGGUUCCCAAAUCCACCUUACAUGACAAGAAAAAGGGAAUAAAAACGAAGAAUCAUGGCGUUUGCAUGUUUGCAUUUUUUUUACCUAAAAUUUAUAAUAUUUUGCUAUAAAUACCUAUUUUUUUUUUUUUUUUUUGUCUGUCCGACUGCACCCCGUACUAGGGGCUAAGACACUUUGUUAUGCUUAAUUAAUGGUCGUCCGCCUUUACCCCACACAUAGGGGUGAUGGCGGACACACAACUUACCUAAAAAAAAAGGGGGGGGGGAUACAAAUGUCAUUACUUUUAGUAAGUAAUUUGAUAAAGGAGACAUGGAAGAUUCUUAAUUAUUUUUUUAGGAUUUUUUUUCUUCUAAUUGUAGAUUUUAUUAAAAAAAAACUGCAAAAAUCGUCCGACUUCACACCAAAUUACGGUACUUACUUCAAUAGGAUAUUUAAUAUGCUACCCGACCAUGGAUCACAUAUUAUGUAAAUAUGUGUUUUAACAUUCCAGCGUAAAAUUUUCAUCAUGAAGCAUAUUCUAUUGAAAAUAAGGACUCUGCGUUUUAUUGGAUCUUGGUAGUUUUUGCAUUAAAAGUUCAGUUUGAGAUAGGAGUUUUCAUAUUCCCUUUGCUUACAUACAAAAAUCAAAAUAUUGAAAGGUACCUAUUUCACAAAAAAAUUUAAGCUAAAGUUUCUUUGAAUAUUUUCUAGCAUUAUUGGUCCGACGGUGUCAUUUUAUUACAAUACAUACUUCUGGGACCUUUGUUAUCAGGCAUGACUUCGUUUGAAAACAUCGCAUAUUAAAAAAUCCAUAGAUGUGAGGCCCGGUGAGCGAGCGGUCCCAUUAUUGCCUAUUUAAGAAUCGGAUUUAAAUAUAUUCAAAUAUCGGGUGCAUGGCCGAUCUUGAUGAGUUGGUGCACUAAGUAGUUGAAAACACAAAACUUUUACAACAACAUACAUAUAUAUACUAGUAUUUUAUUCAAGCAGUAAUAUGUUAGCUUUUCAGAACUUUUUUCUAUCUUUUAACAGACAUCGUAUCUUUCAGUGGUUUUGGGACAUGGUAUUUGGGACACCCUGAGUAACCUUGAAAAUUUAAUUAUUGGCGUUACAACAAAAUUUUCUCUUUGGAACACCCUGUGUAACUACAAUUUUAAUUACGCCCCCUCUGAAGCUGCAAUGGCGAACAGCUGAAAAUAAAAGGAGGAUUUUUUUAUUGUAUUUUAAAGUAGGGUCAGCAUACAUGAUUCAAAACAUUCAAUAUAAACUGACAUUGUGUACAUACAUUUCUAAACUUUUCUUUCAAAUAUAUUUUUUUCGUACUUACACAUCUUUGGACUAGAUGAGUAUAUGGGGUGUUAGGGAUUUUAAAUUUCAGGAUUUUUUCAAAAUACAUUUUCAAAAAUUGAAGGAUUCUUUGAAAAUGUACUUUAACAAUGCCCGAACGGGUCGUUUUUGGUUUUUGCUUUGUAGGACUUCAAAGAGAGAGAGCCACACGCUAUUAAAGGUCUAUUUCAUUCUUAUCGUGUGAAUCUCCCGUUUCUCUAAGUUGACGUGCUUUCGCUUAUGUUGCACUGAAGAGAGCUUACCAAGUUCGAAAUCGGCCUGCAAUUAGCGCCAGUACGCAAUGAUUGAGAAUUCGAGUUACUCCAUUGUCUUUUUAAGCAAAACCACAAGUUAUUGCGCAAAUCUGACCGUGUCAGAGCAAUAUAAACUCAUAGUAUAAGUAAUUCAGUGUGUCGGAGCUUUGGUUAAACACUAGUGUUUUUCCAAAGAUAUUUUUCAACAAAUAUAUUUCAAAUUUUCCAGAUCUUAAUUAAUAUCACUACCUCGGCAAAAAUUAUCAAACCUGCCGGAUGUUUCUCUGAAUAUCGGGUUGUAAACUCAUCCUGUUUAAGGCUUUUCUCUAAAUGACCAAUAUUGUCAGUUAGUAAUAUAUUUAUAUUUAAACGGCUUAACACCCUGUAUAUUCGAAAUAUCAUCAGAAAUAACAGAGAUAAAGUAUGUUGAAUGAAAUUGGUAUAAAAUAGCUCAACUUAUAUCAGCGCGUGACUAUAAUAAGUAAAUAUAGCUAUACAAUCCAUUUUUGAAGGGAACCAAUCAUGUUACAUAUGCAUCAAGAACUUUAUUAGUGUGUAAUCAAGGAUAAAGAGUAAAAACUUUGUGCAGGCACAAUUUGAACUAUAAAAGAAAAACUUGCUUACUGUCCUAGAAGCUUCAAGAAAUCCUUUAGAAUGCAUUCAGUUACAAUUGAAAAAAAUUUUUUUUCAAAGUACAACAAUCGUGAAAAUUAUCUUUCAACAUUCGGCAAUUACAGCAGAUGCAAGAUUUGGAGGAUUCAUCCAAGCUACCUAGAAGGGCCAAAAAUAAUGUCUGGUUUAACUAAGUUCUCAUAUACAGGACGCCUAAGAGUCAAAUAUUUCUCUUCUGUUAAAGGGGGUUAUAAUUCUCUUUCCCGAAAUUUAUUUUCAAACGCCCACUUUUUCACGAAUCUGCAUAUCUAUUUCGGGAAUUUGUAUUUUCUCCAGACCAUAUCCUUGCAUUUGGUUUAAUAUCUGUUCCAAUUUUGCUGAAGGUAACUUUCACCAUGCACAAUUGCCACACUGCUGUCUUGUGAAGCUUGCUGCUGCGAAAUUAUCGACAGUUCCUUGAUCCGAAUUACCCCUCAAAGUGCAUCACACCACUUUGAUUGCCUCGUUUAUGGUGUAAAUGGGUAUUUUUCUAAAUAAAACGCACAAUAAAGUUUAAAAUGUGUAGAGAUUUAAUCAAAUUGAAUGCAUUCUCUUGGACUUCAAAUUGUUCCUGCAAUUCAAGUUUUUACCAUUCAAAAACCUUAAAUUAGAAGGUUGAAAUAACAUGUAAAACCCAAUGGCCUCUUCCAAGAAAAUGCUUUAUAAAGCUUGGGCUAUGCAAUUCUCUUAUCAUAGGCGCUAUAUGUACCACUGUCGUUUCAAAACUAUUGUCAUCUAGUUGUGAGAAAUGAUAAUGUUUUCUUUGAAAUGGCAACAUUCACUUGACUGAACCCUAAUUUAUUAUACUGAAUCCAAAUACACAAUCAUUCCCUUUCAACCAAUUUUGCCAAUAGGGAAAUACCUAUAUUUGUUGAUACCGUAUCGUGUAGGUAAUGAGGUAUUAAUAUGAUCUAGUAUCCGAUUUAUAACAAAUUAGGGCGAAAUGCCCCCAUUUUUAGCACAUCAACUUGGAACAUAAGCUUAUGAUACCUCUAUUUUCUCACACUUAUAUUAGUUUCAUAGGCACCUAUAUUAAUAUCAGCGUUUCUCAACCUGUGUUUCCGCAUUAAGAAAUGGGUUAUUGAAAUAAAUCAGGUUUCAAAAAAAGCCGUUAAAAACCAGGCCUGAUUAAAACUGAUACUAAAACUCUGAUCGCAAAUAUAAAAUACUCGAAGGUUGAGAAACGCUGGAGUAAGAAAUAGGUAAGGCAGCAACAAGCAGUCCUAAUUAGAUGGAAAAUAGAAGAUGUAUAAGCUUAGUUAAAAAAACUAUUGGCUGUGGUUGGUAAAACAAAAAAAAAAAAAAAAACGAGUGUUAGUUUUAGAUUUCUUCAUUAAGAAACAAACAUUAGCAAUGCUAAAUGAAAUUGUUGGGCCUAAAUUGAAUAAAACUAAACAUUUUAAUAUGUUUGACAGCAAAGGACGUUAUCAAUAUGUCUUUAAAUCAACAUGUAUUUAUUUUUUGAUUAAAUGAAGAAAAUAAAGUUCGAAUAUUUGCAAUGUAUCAAUUCUCAUUCGAAAGUAGGUAUUCAGGAUUACGCUCACUAAUGCAAAAGUUAUGGUCAUGUACCUACACUAUGGACAGAUUUUGCAAUCACAGCAACUUAAUAUUAUCUCGUCAUCUUGCAGUCACAUUCUAAGGAAUUUCAUUCUUUUUUAGCAUAGCUAAUGUAUACAUUUCUUGAUAGAAUCAUUAAACACCCUUUUACCUAAAGCCACCCUAUGUUACGUCUAAAAAUGCUCUUCUGUGCCAGUUAAAAGAUAAUAGGUAAAUUGUAUGUCCUAUGAAAAAAGUCGCUAGCCAUUUGUACCUACUACCACCUAUCCAUUGGUUAUUUCUAAGACAAGCAAAUGUAAAAAUGUUACAAUAAUUACUUGAGUGGGUAGGUACUUAUACCUGCCCCUCCAAUUUAACAUUGACAAUUUCACAAACACGAAAGACAAAAUUGUUUGAAUACUUCAUCUCAUACCUAAUGAUUUCAAGGCAUAGUGAAAAACUGAUCGCUAGGCUCCUAAAGAUACGUUUGAACAUCAAAGGUUCAAAUAAUCAAUUUCGGACAAUCAAGUUUCAAGAUAUGUGGAAAUUAUUUGGUAGUGAAUAAGUCGCAAAUAUAAUUUAGAUUGGAGCAGAUAUCUACUUAUUUGUAUAAGUAAUCUUCGAUAAAAAAUGUGAAAAAUUAGAUUUCUUAAAAGCAUUGGCAUACCUUCAUACUAAUUUGGCAUAACCUUCAAUUCGCUAAUCCAAAAUAUCAGUUCAGCUUCAUUCUUCAAUGUAUUUUAGCAUUAAUCCACGUCCAGAAUUCCUAACAGCGUCUCAACAACGUCUAUUGAACUAAAUUUGUUGUUAUUAACACCAGGUAGAUAGGUACCUACUGACCUAAUGCUAAUAACUAUGCUAACUAUUGUUUAGAAGUAAAAUAUAGGGUGGCUAAUGUACUAGAUGUCAGAAUUAUUUGAAUUAUUUCUAUCCAGAAAUAAAUAGAUACUUAAAUGUGAUUUAACAAAAUCAUUUGUUGGUCUGAAAAAAAAGUAAAAGUAAGAUACUUUCAAAUUUAGUAGGUAAUAUAUAAUACUUAUGUAAAAUAGUGAUCAAAAAAAAUAGCCUUAACUACACUAAAUUAUACAUACUUUACAUAAUGUGCCAACUUUUAUGGUUUUUACCAAAAUUAUAUUUCUAGCUACAGAUAUCUAUUUAUAAGUCAUAAACUGGCAAUUUUUUUAACAAUAUUUUUUAUGUUGUAUUUAAAAUUAAUGAUAUUUUUCAGAGGCAAUGAGAAAUAAUUAAUAUUUCCGUAAAAUAAUCAAACGUCUAAGCUGGCUUACAAAGAAAUAAAAGUUCCCGUUCGUAAAAAGUGAUGCAUCAAGAUUUAAAUUUGGAUAAUGACCAAACAAAGUCUCCAUUGGAGUCUGAAGGAAUAAUUAUAUGGGGUGGCAUAUGAACAAACUAUGUCAAAUUUUCAACAUUCUCCCUCGACCGAAUUCCUUUAAUUUCGAGCGGAUACAGAAGAUGUACUGGCCGACUCAUACAUAUGUCCUCUGUCGUAUGCAUGGUCUAUAUUAAUCAUGGAGCAGUUCUACAUCCCCAUCUUCAAACUGCAACCUUUCAUCUGUUUACCAUAAUGAUCUAAACGUAGUUGCUGUAAGUAGUCCUGGCUUCAUCCCUUCCAAAAUUUGGAAACUAUUCUCUAUCUGAGAAGCCACCCUUUGAUCACUUCCUCUCGCUCUACCUUUGGAAUGUUUCUAAAACCCAAUGUUUUAUUGCCCAUUAAACACAUGCCAAUAUUAUUCGGAAACUGGGAUCUUCCUCGAUAUAGGUCGGGGGUCUCUAAUUAACAGUCACUUCGAUUUCUGAUAAAACAGUUUGCAUUUCAUCAAAGUUGACAAGUUUUCUGCCUAAUGCUGAUUUAAGGAAAUUUUUCCUCUAACGAGCCUCUCUCAAAAUCCUCCCCAUCAUGCAGCUCUCACAAUGAACUUCCACUUAAUGCGAUGUGCUCGAUCCAGGUCUUGAACUUGAGGUUCGCUUAAGAUCCUCUGAACGUGAUACAGGAUACAGCUUUUCAGAUACACGCUUAAAGGUUUCGGUUAUCGGAUUAUAUAACCUUUGCCUUCAUUUGCCGAUGAAACAUAAAGAGGGCCCGAAAAUUAACUCCCGUAAAUUCGAAUGCAUGCGACAAGGUCACUCUAUCUUUUGGCAAUGGAGCAAAGGGCUGACUGCCUGAUUUUCCCCUUGAACGCGUACAUUGAUUAUACACAUCCGCUGAAAACUGAUUUUAUUACCUAUUAUUGUCGACCCUUGAUGAUUCAAAAUCUUUUUCUUGUCAUAGCUAAAGUUGAAUUAACACAACUAUGAAGAACUUCAUAAUGCGCUUUAUAUCUUAUUCUAGAUGUCAAGCAAAUUUUCGUGGUAAAAUCACUGGAUGUUUGUCUUCCUGGAAUAGGUAUGCUUCUUGCAAAGCUUUUGGUUAUCAAACAGUAUUUCGUAAUAAAAUGAUUCCUACUGAAUCGCUCACAACCAAUAUAUUAUUUCAGCCUCGAUUACUUCACUUACUCUGAGUUAUCAUCCAUAUGUCCUUUAGUUUUUUUUUUAAAGUUAUUUAAAAAUCGCUUUACGUAUUCCAAGUGUCUUAUCAAGGCUACUUAAUCGGUCAGGUGUCAACGUCGGCCAAUGCUCUCACUCCUGUUCCAAUCAUGAUGGUCCUGUAAGCCAAACUUUAGAGUCGAUUAGAAAAUUAACUGAAAUUACGCAUCUGGUAAUUAAAUCUGCUGGAUUUUGCUUUCCAGCGCAGUAUCUCCAGGAUUCUCUACUUUGCAAUUUACGAUUUUUAACAACUGGGUUUGCACCUAGGGCUUCCACUUUAUUGUAUUUCCCUUGAUCCAAUAUAAAGCGAUUUAAGAAUUGGACCAAUGUAUAACUCCUUUUACGUUCAAGGGCAUAUUUUCCGAUAACGCCGCCGUUAGUUUUAAUUUGGGCAACGUGUGUUUAAUCAUUGUUGAUGACUGAUGAGACUCUAUUUCACGAAACAAUAAAUUUGCAUUUACGAGUAGUCAGAUGUUUUAGAUGACCUGCACACCCAUAUGCCUGCAGCCUGAGGGCUGGCAUCAGCAAAAACAUUUAUAGAACUGCAUUUCGUCUGUGGGAUUUGCGGUUGAACAGCGUUUUAUUGAAUGCACGCUUAGUAAUGAAAGAGUCCUCUGUGCCCUGUGCCAUUUUCUCCAUUUUUUAUCAGUAUCUUCUGGUACCUAAUGCGUCAUAUCCCAAUCCAGAACUGCAAACACGUUUCUUUGUUCCAUGAAACAAACAAAGGCUGCAAAAUUUAUUGAAACUGCAAACAAGAAACUGAAUCAACAAAGCUAAUGAAACAGUCGAUGUUUCCUGAAACAUUUUUUACCACGCUGGUAGGAUCACCUACAUCCUACAUCAGCCAAAAAGAUGCAUGGGAAAAAAAAUUCAACAAACAAAUUACCUACAUCAAAAAGCGAUAUUAAUCUUUGAACAUUUUUUCUAAAUAUCUGUUUGAUUGUCCUUUGGCGCAAAUUGGAAUUGAAUUAUAAAGUUUGGUAAAAAUCAAAGAAGUACCUAGCUACUACUUAUUUAGUUUAAAGGUUACGCCAUUACAUCAACCAAUUAUGGCUGUUGGUGCCUCUGACUUUAUGUGGCGGCGUGUUUAGAAAAAAAAAAUAUUUAUUUUAUGAAUUUUUGCUCUAGAUACUUAAGGAAAUUUUGGUGUUUCAAGUUUACACGAAAUGUUUCAUUAAUCCUCACAGAAAGCACAUAUACACUGUGGGCCAAAAUUAUUUGGAACCCAAUUUGGCUCUGAAUAUAUAUUUUUUUUUAAUUCGGCGGAUUUUUGUGAAAUUUUGUGUGAAUAAUAGGGAGGCCUUUCCUUAAUUGUAAGAAAAAUAUCCAAUGAAAAUGUAUAGGGAACAAAGUAAGAAGCAGUAUUUUUAAUCAUUGCCUUUGGGGCUGUUGCAAAACUAAUUUUUUUACUCUAAAACUACAUAAAUUAUUUGAAAGUACAAUAUUAAGAAAAUAUCGGAGAAUAGGCUAUGAAAAAACGUUUCGAAAAACUUCAGGUUUUGUAUUAAAAAUGUAUUUUUUACGAAAACAUUGUCUAAUAAUACAUAUUACCAUACAUUAUUAUGUAGAUAUAACAUAAUUUCGAAAAAAAUACGUUUUUAAUCUGAAGUUUUUCGAAACACUUUUUCAUAGCCUCUUCUCUGAUAUUUUCUUAAUAUUUUCAAAUAAUGUAUGCAGUUUUAGAGUGAAAAAAUUAAUUUUGCAACUUCCCCAACGACAAUGACAAUGAAAAAUACUGCUUCUUACUUGGCUCCCCCUGUACAUUUUGAUUAGAUAUUUUUCUACAAAUUAGGAAAGGCCUCCCCUAAUACUUACAAAAAAUUUCACAAAAAUCCGCCGAAUUAAAAAUAAAUAUAUUCAGAUCCAAAUUAGGUUCCAAAUAAAUUUGGCCCACAGUGUAUUAUUCAAAUAAGAGAAAUAAGCCCUCUUAGAUAGGGUUUUAUAGUAGGUAGUAAAUUUUGCUACCUAUAGCGAAUUAUAUCUAUGAGAUUUAAUGAACCAUUUUCCUCAAUAUGGAUAGAGUAGAAAUUAGAUGUUUAUGUUUGAACAGAGUUUAUUACAGAUUGGUUGUGGUGCCAUAUAUUAUUAGAUAAAUGUAUAGUUACGUUGUUGUCCCAGGUUCUAGGUCCUACCUACCUAACUAUAGUGGACUUUGUUAUCUACUCUUUUUUCUUAAUUUUACAUUCUAGCCCAUUUUGUAAAUGGCAAUCUGUUCUUUAUUCCUAUUACCUAUAUAAAUUAUUAUUAUUAUUAUUAUUGACAAUGUGUUCAUUGGAUAAAAAUAUAAGAAAUAAAACCUAUAACAGUAGAA